CCAGAAUCUCGAAUUAAUUCUGAAUUACCCUUGAAAAUAUUUGGUUGCACUACAUAUGUACACAUUCCAAAAAGGUCAAGAUCUAAGUUAGACCCAAGAGCAGAAAAAUGUGUUUUGUAGGAUAUACUCCUAAUAAAAAGGGUUACAAAUGUUUUAAUCCCCUUACAAAACGUUUUUACACAACUAUGGAUGUUUCCUUUAUGGAAAAUAUCCCAUAUUUUACCAAAAAUUUACUUCAGGGGGAGAAAUUAGUGGAACCAAAUUUUUGGGAAAUUGUUGAACCUUUGCCUAGUGUAAUUCUUGAUAUCUCUCUUGAAAAAGAAAAUAAGGAAACUAAGCCUACUGAAUCCGAAUAAGAAAUUGGUUUGUUAGAAGAAGAAAUACUACGAAUGAAAAAAAAUAGAAACAAUCUUGAGCCUGCGGUUUAUUCAAGGAAAAAAGUCCCUAGAAGAAGUAAAGACCAGCCGAUCAUCCCAACACAUGGUCAACCGAAAGCCCUUGGCAAUGGCUCUCUAAAUGUCUCAGGUAACCCUCCUUCUAUUCCUACUCAUAUACAUGCUUCUUCUUCUUCUGUUACUGAUCUAAGUUUACCAUCACACUUUGGUCCAAGUCCAAAAAUAUCUGCACCUGAACCCGGUUUAGGAUUAACCCCAAUUGUUCUUGCACAGGACCUUGACCUUGAUCUCCCUAUUGCUCUUAGAAAGGGAACCCGAGCCUGCACUAAACAUCCCAUUGCCAAAUAUAUCUCCUAUAGUAACCUUUCUGACAACUAUAGAGCAUUCACUACAAAUAUUUCAAAACUUGUGGUACCUAGAAAUAUUCAAGAAGCACUAGAUGAACCGAGUUGGAAAUUGGCAGUGUUUGAGGAAAUGAAUGCCUUAAAAAACAAUGGCACUUGGGAGGUUGUAGAUUUACCAAGGGAAAAAAAAGUUGUGGGGUGCAAAUGGGUGUUUACAAUAAAGAGUAAAAUAGAUGGAAGUGUUGAGAGAUACAAAGCCAGACUUGUGGCAAAGGGUUUUACUCAAACCUAUGGGAUAGACUAUUAAGAGACUUUCGCCCCCUAAGCUAAAAUAAACUCAAUUAGAGUUUUGUUGUCCCUUGCAGUAAAUUCCAAUUGGCCCUUACACCAAUUGGAUGUUAAAAAUGCCUUUCUUAAUGGAGACCUAGAGGAGGAAGUGUUCAUGAGUCUUCCACCAGGUUUUGAAAAAAGUUUUGGAGUUGGGAAAGUGUGCAAAUUGAAGAAGUCCUUACACGGACUUAAGCAGUUGCCUAGAGCUUGGUUUGAGCGCUUUGGCAAAGUAAUAAAGCAUUAUGGAUAUACUCAAAGUCAAGCUGAUCACACGAUAUUCUACAAACAUUCAAAUGAAGGUAAAGUAGCCAUCUUAAUUGUGUAUGUUGACGAUAUUGUGUUAACUGGGGAUUAUUGCAAUGAACUAGAGAAGCUGAAGGGGAAACUUGCUGAGGAAUUUGAGAUUAAGGACCUGGGGGCAUUAAAAUACUUUCUUGGGAUGGAGUUUGCUAGGUCCAAAGAAGGUAUCUUUGUAAAUCAAUGGAAGUAUGUUCUUGAUCUUCUUGAUGAGACAGGUAUGUUAGGAUGUAAGCUUGUUGAAACACCUAUAGAGCCGAAUGUAAAACUGCAGCCUACAAAAGCCAAGAAUGUGAAGGACCGGGAUCUUUAUCAGAGACUUGUUGGGAGAUUGAUUUACCUAUCCCAUACACGCCCUGACAUAGCAUUCUCAGUGAGUAUGGUUAGUCAGUUUAUGCAUGCGCCUGGACUAGAGCAUUUUGAAGUUGUUUACAGGAUUCUAAGGUAUCUAAAGUGGACACUGGGUAGAGGUCUUCUGUUCAAGUCACAAGGACACCUACAAAUUGAAACCUACACCGAUGCAGACUGGGUUGGAAGCAUAGUGGAUCGAAGGUCCACCUUUGGGUACUGUUCAUUUGUAGAUGGCAACUUGGUUACGUGGCGAAGUAAAAAACAGAACGUGGUUGCUAGAAAUAGUGCUGAGGCUGAGUUUAGAGCUUUAGCUCAUGGUAUUUGUGAGAUUAUGUGGAUAAGAAGAUUACUGGAAGAGUUAAAGAUGACAGGUUCAUCUCCUAUGAAGUUGUAUUGUGACAACAAGGCAGCAAUUUUAGUAGCUCACAAUUCGGUUCUCCAUGACUGCACCAAACAUGUGGAAAUGGACAAGCAUUUCAUUAAAGAGAAGAUAGACAACAGAUUGGUUUGUAUGACCUAUAUCCCUACUGAGGAACAAGUGGCUGAUGUCUUCACCAAAGGACUACACAAGAGGCAAUUCGAUUUUUUAGUUGGCAACCUGGCUAUGGAAGAUAUCUUUAAGCCAACUUGAGGGGGAGUGUUGGAAAACCGAAACUGAUAUGGAAAGAAAUAAAU